GUGAAAGAUAGGUGGCGCUUUUUUCAAUAUGGCGGUGUUAGCUGGUCUGUCAUCGGUAAAAUUGAAAAAAAGUUGAUAUAUAUCACCAUUAACCAAUUCUACUGCACACAUCAGUUGACGAAAAACAAGAAUGCCAGGGUGCUGUGGGUGUUGGGAGGUCUUGAGACCACCAAGGUACAAGCAUCUGGUUGACAGCAUAUUCCCAGCAAAUCCACAGGAUGGUCUUGUGAAAAACAACAUGGACAAGUUAACAUUUUAUGCGAUGACUACAUCUGAAAAGUUAGAUAGAAUAGGAAUGUAUUUGGAACAGAGACUGAGUAGAGACAUCAGCAGACAUAGGAUUGGGUUUGUGUUUGUGGCUAUGGAUGCCCUUGAUCAACUCCUGGUAGCAUGUCAUGCCCACUCCCUAAAUCUGUUUGUGGAGAGUUUUCUGAAGAUGGUGCAGAAGUUACUAGAAUGUGAUGAACCUGAGCUUCAAAUUUUAGCCACCCAGUCUUUUAUCAAGUUCGCUAACAUAGAAGAAGAUACUCCAUCAUAUCACAGAAGAUAUGAUUUCUUUGUGUCAAAAUUCAGUGUUAUGAGUCACAGUGGCAACAGGAAUGAAAAUGUCAAGUCAAAGAUCAGAGGAGCAGGUCUUUUGGGUUUACAAGGAGUGGUGAGGAAGACUGUAAGCGAUGACCUCCAGGUCAAUAUCUGGGACCCUGUGCAUAUGGACAAGAUUGUACCCUCUCUGUUGUACAAUAUGCACACACCUGAAUUUAUGUCAGUUAACCUUGAAAGCCCCAGAGAUGAGGAACACCCAGCAUAUAUUGCUGAAAUGGUAUUCCGAGACCUUGUGUGUAGGGCUUCAUAUGGAAAUGUCAAAUCUGUCCUUCAGCCUGUUCUUUGUCAUAUAGACAAUCACAGGCUAUGGGUGCCAAAUGAAUUUGCUGUGAAGUGUUUCAAGGUUAUAAUGUACUCAGUACAGAUCCAACGUAAACAACAAUAUGGUUAUCUAGUCAUACAGAUGUUGAUGUCACACCUUGACACACAUACCAACAGUGAUCCCGGCAUCAAGGCAAGCAUUAUCGAGGUCCUGUAUGAAUCUGUUCUCAUCUCAGCUGGAGGCUCCAUAGGACCCUCUGUAUUGGAUGUGUUUAAUACUCUAUUGAGACAUCUGAAAAUAUCUGUGGACAACAAGAGUUCUGACAGUGAGAAAAGGAAUAUGGAAAAAAAGUUUGAAGAAGCGAUCAUUAACACGAUAGGUGAAUUUGCAAACAAUUUACCAGACUACCAGAAAAUAGAAAUCAUGAUGUUUAUCAUGGGAAAAUUUCCUCAGUUUGGUGAAAAUGAAGAAAUGGGAUUCAACAUGGACAACUAUCUACAAACGAUGCUUCUUAAAACUUUACUAAAGGUUGCCACUAAAUACAAGACUGUGAUAAUGAACAAUGCAUUUCCUCCUGAGUUCCUUCAUCCGUUAUUAAGAAUCUCUAUACUGGAGGAUCCUGGAUUACGAGUGGUGGUGCAAGAGAUUUUACACACAUUGUUAGAUAGACAUGAGAAUACAAACAAACUCAAAACUGUUACUAUUCCCAAGGAUGUUGUCUCACAGUUAGACUUAACGAUAGAUAAAGUUCCAAGGCAGGACAGUCUUUUUAUGAAAAAGAAUGGAAUACAGUUCUAUUGGCAUAUCAAAGAGAAUCUUCAGAUGGAUACCAAUAAAGCAAGGAACUUUGAGGCCUUGUAUUGCACAAUGUGUUUAAUAUCAAUAGAGAUGGGAGGUGAUGACAUUCUGGUAGAACUCAUCCGAUUGGCUCUUGAUAUUCAGCAAAUGGCCCUAGAUUCCAAACUGCCCAGUACACAUCAGUGUUGUAACCAUGCUAUUGUGGCAGCCUAUCUCAAUGUGGUGGCACAGAUUAACAAUUUGUCACCACUCGUACAGUACCUCUCAGAUUUACUAGAGCUGAGGAGAAAGGAAGCCUCUCAUUUGUUACCUGAAUUUGCUUUCAAUAGAGCUAAUAGACCCUCAAGUGUUAAAGAUGAUGACUAUCCAACAGAAAAUAAGAUGGAGGAGAGGUGGUUGUUUGACCAGACAACAUUGCAGGAAAUCCUGACAGACUGCGGACAUGAUGCUUCCCGUCUGAGUGCCCCUCUUGCCCAGAGGCCACACAGCACUAUGGGUACCAUGCUACACGACUCUGCAGUGGCCAGUAGUAUGAGUGAUAUAGGUUCUAUUAACAUCGAAUUGGACAGUAUGGAGAGCUCACCAUUAUUAUCUCGAAAAAAGGUUGAAGAGAUAACCGUGGAGUCCUUGAAGAAAAUGUUAGCUGAAGACCAAUCUCAGAAGCGGGAAGAGGAGGCCAAGAAAAGACAGGAAAUAUUUGACACAUUCCAGAAUGCACCUUUUGAGGAAAUACUUGCAAGAGCUGAAGCCAAGUCGAAUUGCUUCCAUGACAAGCUGUAUGAGAUUCUGGAGACGACUUCCCCUGAAAGCCCAAAUCAUUCUGAAGAAAGCCUAAAUGCUGUGCCUGUGUUUGAAAUGCAGUUCCCUAGUUUAUAUGUUUACUAGUUAGAUUCCAAGUUAAGUUUAAGGAACUUCAUUCAGUUAAAGUUAUCCAUGCCAUAUUAAACUGUUUUUUCCAUUUUGUAAAUUGCCAGUACAUGUAUAACAAACUAUAUGUAUUUAGAAUAAUGAUGUCUGAUGAUAUUGGUAAAUUAUUAAUUGGUAUUGAUAAAGUACUGGUGUAUUCAAUGCAAAGGGAAAAGUGAUUUUUUUUAAAUAGACGUUUAUGGUAGAUGUGUGCAAGCAAGUGGGAAAAGUAUCUGUAGUUAUAUUAUAAUGAUUUAAUGUUAAACAUGAAAUUUAAUUUUCCUUCUCAUGUCCUUAGCUCAAAGUGAUUCUCCUGGCUGGGGGUAGUCUAUUAUUGCAGAACAUGUAAUGCCAACAGUCUUGCAUAUUGUUCUAGCUUUUAUGUUGCCAUAGUUGUUUACUUGCUGAAUUCAGCUUGUGGCAUCACAUGAUCAUAGAUAUUUCAAAAUGGGGUGUUUAUUUUCCAACUCGGACAAUAAGUAGGAAAUAACCUUUAUAUAACUUUUUAAUCCGAUGAAGUUAAAUUGCAUGAAAUGUACAACUUAUAUAGAUUGAUAAAGAAAUCACAUUAUUUAUUCCUAUGAUGAUAUCUAAUUAAUAUGGCAUAUAUAACUUUAACUAUUGAAUAGAAUAAGAGAGAGGUGUUUUUUUUAUUAUGGACAAUCGUCUGUUCUCAUUAGCAAGCAAAUCCACUGAAAGCUGAUUAUAGAAUAUCACUUGUCUUUCAUUUUCCCAUCUGGACAAAAAGGGGUUCAUUCUCGGUGCAGUCCUAAUAUCCACAGGCUUGAAAUCCAUGAAAUUCAGUAAGCGCGAGUCGGGAGACUUGUACUUUAGAAUUGUAGGAUUAAUAGGUACUAUAUGACAAUUCUUACAAUGGUGUAAUGUGCAAUAUCAGUCAUUCAGUUAUAAUUAUUAUUGAUGUACUUAGUACAUGUAUUUUAUUUAUCUAGGUAAUGAAGAAUUUAUUGUAAGAUUGAAUGUACAAUGUAAUUUUAUUUAUGAACAAAUUUGAAUAAAGAAAUUUCAACUUGC